AUGGCUCAGAAGGUCACCGAAUUUGGAUCCUUUGUGGAUGACAUCUUCUAUAACAUAUUUUUCCAACCCGACGAUGAGUUAUCGGCCAGAUAUAUAAAGAAGUAUCUUUCAUCUGAACUCAAAGUUCGCAUCAAUGGCACGGGCAUACCAGGAAAUUCUUUCAAAGACAGUAUUGUCGCCGCCCGCGCCAAAUCGUUAUUCCAGGUUGUCCAAGUUCAAGAGGUUCUUGCCAACUCCGAUGCCAGCAAGGCUUCUGGAGGAUCGGUAUCGCACUUAACGCUGUUUUCUAUCAAAGACAAGGAUACGGGCGAUGAGCGACAGGAGUCCAGUUUGACGCUCGUUACGUGCGCGCUGGAAGAUGGAAGGGUAGUCAUAUCGGAAUUGACUGAGAUAAAUCGCGGAUAG